CCGCCUUCCCUUCCUUCGGCGCCCCAGCUGACGCCAGUUUCCGGUCAGUGGUCCCCGGCGCGAGGGCGUUCCGCCCCUUCCGCCCGGACAGCAGCGGCGGCUGCUCCUCCUCCUCCUCCUCCUCCUCCUGCCGGUCUCCUGUCACAUUCGGCGGCUACAUCCCCUCGGAGGCUCCUCCGCGUGACCGGGAGCCGAGCUCCAGGGGUUGAUGGCGAUCAACUACAACGCGAAGGAUGAGGUGGAUGGCGGGCACGGAUCGAGCCUGGUGGUGGGCAGCCAUGCGGGGCCCGGGAAUGCGAUUGGGGGCGGCGGGCCGAAGAGCCGACGACCGGAUAACACGGCCUUCAAGCAGCAAAGGCUCCCCGCCUGGCAGCCCAUUCUGACAGCGGGCACGGUGCUGCCGGCCUUCUUCAUCGUCGGCCUCAUUUUCAUCCCCAUCGGCAUCGGCGUCUUCGUCACCUCCAACAACAUCCGUGAAUAUGAGAUUGACUAUACUGGAACUGAUGAAAAAGAUCCCUGCCAUAAGUGUUUAUCCUGGAAUGAUACAAAACCCUGCAUUUGCGAAAUAGACUUCACAUUGCAACAACCAUUUGAGGGACAUGUGUUUAUGUAUUAUGGACUAUCUAAUUUCUAUCAGAAUCACCGUCGCUAUGUGAAAUCUCGAGAUGAUAGUCAACUAAAUGGAGAUCUUAACUCCUUAAAAAACCCAAGUAAGGAGUGUGAGCCCUAUCGCAAGGAUGAAGAUAAGCCAAUUGCUCCUUGUGGAGCUAUUGCCAACAGUAUGUUUAAUGAUACCUUAGAAUUGUUUCAGAAGAAUGAAAGUUCACUUAUCCGUGUUCCUCUGCAUAAGAAAGGUAUUGCCUGGUGGACAGAUAAAAAUGUAAAAUUCAGAAAUCCAGAUGGAGGUAACCUGUCUGAAGUUUUUAAAGGUACAACAAAGCCUAUAAACUGGCCUAGACCAGUGUAUGAAUUGGAUCUUGAAGAUGAUGAAAACAAUGGAUUCAUAAAUGAGGAUUUUAUUGUGUGGAUGCGUACUGCAGCAUUACCUACUUUCCGUAAGCUUUAUCGUCUGAUAGAGAAAAAGGGUGGAUUGCAUCCAACUUUACCCGUUGGACAAUACCUUUUGAGAAUCACAUACAAUUAUCCAGUACAUACUUUUGAUGGACGAAAACGGAUGAUCUUGAGCACCAUUUCAUGGAUGGGAGGAAAAAAUCCAUUUUUGGGAAUUGCUUACAUCACUGUUGGAUCCAUCUGCUUCCUUUUGGGAGUUGUACUGCUAGUAAUUCAUCAUAAAUAUGGAAACAGAAAUAAUAGUGCUGACAUUCCCAAUUAAUUUUGUAUUCUGAAAAGAAAUCUGCAUGUGCGUCAAGGCCAGUCCAACCCAGCCUCGCUGUUGAAUGCUAAAUGUCUGGUUAGUAUGUCAUUUCUGAAGCUGGCUGCAUAACACUUUUUUCCCUUAAUUUUUUAAAGAGUCUUGUCCCAUGCUUCUUCACUGUGGAUGACUUGUGAAAAUAUGACGGGUAUGAACAGAAAUUAGCUAUAGCUAUAUUGAUCAUAUCAACACUGUGACUGCUGAACUAGCUUCUUAUGUUUGCUUUUUUUUGGACAGGCCACAUGAUGUAUACAACCUCUUUCCCAUGUAAUGUUAUCUGCUGCUUUAAUGUUUGUGCUCUGUGGGUAAUAUUAUAUACAUACAUAAUGCUGUAUAAGUAUGCUUAUUGUAUGAAGAAAAGGAUAACAAGAUGUAUAAGAAUAUAUUAUGACUUGGUAUCCUUUCAGGAAUCAAAAGAUUAUGAGAAGAUAAAGCAAGCUAGAUCUAAAUAAAACAUUUCCUCUCUUUCAUAUGUUGUGUGUAUAGGCUUCAAGUACCAUCUUUGUUAAGGUGGUUAAUAUAUUCAAUUUAUCUAGUAGAGACCUAUUUCAAGCCUAGCUCCUCUGUAAUAGGACAUGUUUAACACACGUAGCAUAGGAAUAAAUUAUAAGUUAUGUCUAAAGAGAUUAGAACACUUACCUUUUGGACAGAAUUUUAAAUUAUUAUUUCCAUUUGUUUAAGUCAGUAUAGCCAGGUAUCCCAGCCAACUUUACAUGUUUCACAUCUUGGUCAUUUAUUUCCCUUGGAGCUUCCUCUUCAAAAGGGAAGAAAGAAGAGAAGCUGAAAUGAGAAAAUAAUACUCUUUGGUGGCAGAGCUAUACCUUCUGCCUAAGGAUAAACCAGGUUUAAAUACUCAAAGGCGGUUAAUAAUUUCAUUACGGGAGAUAUUUAGCACUGAGAAAUUUGCCUCACCAUUGGAAGUAUCUCAAACUAAGUUUAUUUUUACAGGUAAGUGUUUUGACUUGUGUAUUAAAGCUGUAGUCCAGAACACAUUAAGAAUAUUAAUCUUUUUACCUAGGAAUUAUUCCAUUUUCAUAGAUGUGAAGUAUGAGUGUAUGUUCAACCUCUUGUAUAAUUAAGAUGCCAAUUCCUUUGGUUGGUUUUCCUAGGAGUUAACUUUAAACAAAGUUCUUUAAAACUUACUGAUUAAAUUCUGAGGAAGAUUAUGCAUAUAAUAAAUUAUAAUGUAUAUGGUGGAGGUUAUUUUAUAUGCAGCUAUCUUGGUAAAUUAUACAUAUUCAAUAUUAAAUAAAUGCUGUAAUUUGUUAAUUAAACUUAUUCUUGAAGUGAAUGUAAAGUUAUUUUUUACAUGCAUGAAAAUGUAUGUUUUAAUUAAUAAGAAAAGAUGGCUUAAUUGAAUUCAAACUCUAUGUUUUUGUUUACUAAAUUUAAUCUUCAGUAUAUGUAUCUGUGCAUUUACAUAGAAAAAGGUAUGUUUAUUCUGAAUUUGUUUACCCCAUGUUAUGUUUUAAAUCAAAAGUCUGGGUAUUGCAUUAAUUUUCAUUAGAUACAUGCUUAUUUAAAAAUAUAAUGGUUAAUAGUUUAAAAGGUGCCACAUAUCUUAAUAUUUUAUAUAAAUUUAUAAUUAGAUUGUACAAGUCAUACACUGACCUUAUUCAUAAGAAAAUUACUUGCAUGGCAUCUUUAACAUGUGACUAUCACGGAAACUUUCAAAAAUCCGAGUCUACAACUGUAUAAUGUAUUCUUUACAUGGAAGCCUUUAAAAAAAGUUAGCUCCCCAGACUUUGUCAUUUGUUUUCAACAUUUGGAACAUCCUACUUGACAACUUGCUUCCUAGGAAUUGCAUUAAUAGCGGUUCUCUCUUUCUCACUUGUACAAAUUGACAUCAAGGAGUGUAAGGAGAAUCCUUCCAUCUUUUAGUCUAAUCUGAGGGACUAGGGGUGCUAUUAAAAGAACAAAUGAAGAGAUUUUCCAUGAAUGUCUAAUCUGUAUUGAAGAUGGAAUCCUAAAAUGGCUUUGAAGUUUAUCUAUCUUACAAAUAUAUUUUAGGCUUAAAUCCUCUCCUGUCUCCCCUUACUUAAGUCAUAUAAAAAUUACUGUUGCCUAAAUCUAAUGAAUAUGGAAUAUUUAUUUGGUCUUUGUGAAGGAUGAGGGAAGAGAAAUAUUUUUACCUUAAAGGCUUUAUGCCAACUUUUGGGCUCUGUAGGUGGCAUUCUGCUUUCAAAAAAACUGAAUUUGAUUUUAAAGCACCUAAUUUAUAGGCUGGAGAAGAUUAGUAAAUCCAUUAAAGAUUGUGUGUUAACUUGCUGGAGGUAUUUUGAGGUGUUAAAAGGUUUCCCACUUUAAGUAGUUAUGCAGUAAAUAAAGGCUUAAGAAAUUUCAUUGAAAUCAUAAGGCAGGUUUUUUUUUAAUUGGAAAAUUAUUGUAUAUUACUUAGUAGAGGAAUACCUAACUAAAGGGAGAGUUAAGUUGAAAUAUAAUUUGUUUAUUGACUGGUGAUGAAAUUUCUUUGUAUUUUUGAGAGAUUACUUUGUUAGUAUCUGUUACAGCUUAAUAAAAAUGAACUGGAUUUACUUUGG